CUCAUUUGGUGUAUUAUCUUUGGAAUAUACAGGACGGAGCUUUGUCGUUUCAGUGGGCAGAAAAUUUACCCAGGAAGGGGAAUUAGAUUUAUCCGAUCUGAUUCUCAGGUUUUCUUGUUUCUUAACUCAAUUAAAUACAUUUGAAAAAAAUUUAUGUUAUUGGGUCAAACAAAACAUAUGUUAUGUUACAGUGCUUGAUCCUUGUCCCCCGAAAACAUGUCAUUUUCCUAUUUUUAUAAUAUCUUAAAAUUGCUCACGCACUGUGAUCUUCUUUAUUUAUUACUCACGCACUGUGAUCUUCCUCAGUUUCGUUUUUGUUUUCGAAAACACACUAUAUAUAUUAGUACUCCAGUUCCUGUGUUACUACGUUUGAGAAAGAAAAAAAUGAUGAGAGAUUAUUUUCUCUUUGUCAUGUGUCAUACGAUUAUGAUAUGUGUUCUAGUCAAAUCCCAAAAUCAAACCGCCGGUACGUACGUAUCCUUUUUAUUUUGUAUAAUAACGUUUUCUGUAAGAUUCUAAUUAUGGUUUUCUCUGCAAGGUUUUAUCAACGUCGCUUGCGGUUUGCCUUCCGUCGAAUCUCCUUACGAAGAUCGCUGGACUAAUAUGACAUAUACAACGGACGCCAAGUUGGUACAAGGUAUGCCAGCGAGAAGGGUUGAUAAGGCUUUUCAAUCGAACAUACGUAAGCAGUCUUUGAACCUACGAUUCUUUCCAAAUGGAAAACGAAAUUGCUACAAGAUUAACGUCAAGCAAGACACACAGUAUCUCAUAAGAGCGACAUUCUUUUAUGGAAAUUAUGACGGGGUAAAUGUUAUCCCGACCUUCGAACUCUACCUGGGCCCCAAUAUUUGGGCUAAGGUGUAUGCUAAUGAUACCGUUAAGGAGGUGAUCCACUUCACGAGGACCAAAUCUAUACAGAUAUGUCUAGUUGAUAUAGGUUCAGGCUCACCGUUCAUAAACACCUUGGAGCUUCGACCAUUGGAUCCAAAUGCGUAUCGGACUACAACUGGUUCACUGAAGAAGUUGGUCCGGUUCUAUCUUAGUAAUUCAACAGAUACUUCCUCCAUUCGGUACCCAGAUGAUGUCUACGAUCGUCGCUGGCGCAAUUAUUUCGAGGAAAAGCUCUGGUUACCAAUAACUAUGGGUCUCAGCUUAGACACUAAUGAUAACGAGUAUGAUCCGCCAGAAAAGGUCAUGCAAACGGCAGCAAUACCUAUAGAUGCUAACGCCACGUUGGAAGUUGAGUGGUCUGCAGAGUCUCCUACUACACAGAUUUAUGUCUACUUAUACUUUUCGGAGCUUCAGAUUCUACAAGCAAACGAUACAAGGACAAGGGAAUUCGAUGUGUUUCUGAAUGGAGCAUCUUUUGAUGAACCUAUUUCUCCUGUACCACUACGCAGCACUACCGUGUUUAAUGAUGGUCCAAAGCUAUGCACGGAUGGGAAAUGUGUAUUGCAGCUUAAGAAAACAUCACGGUCAACUCUUCCUCCUAUUCUUAGCGCCUUGGAGGUAUACACUGUCAUGGAUAUCCUGCAAUUGGAGACGAAUGAUGAUGACGUUAAUGGUAUCAAGGAUGUUCAGGAUACCUAUGAUUUGAGAAGAAUCACUUGGCAAGGAGAUCCCUGUGUCCCGAAACAGUUUUUGUGGGAAGGUCUAAACUGCAACCAAUCAGAUAAUUCUACACCACCGACAAUUAUUUCUUUAGACUUAUCUUCAAGUGGUUUAACGGGGGUGCCGCGGAAGCAAUUCAAAGUCUAGUUCACCUUCAAAAAUUAGACUUGUCAAACAACAGUUUGAGCGGAGGAGUACCUGACUUUCUUGCCGACAUGAAGUCUCUGUUUCUCAUAAACCUAAGUGACAACAAUCUUAGCGGCUCGGUUCCCCAAACAAUUAUCCAGAAGAAAGGAAUGAAAUUAAAUGUUGAAGGAAACCCACUUCUCAUUAAGGAAACCGGACCAUGCGUAGAAGACAAGGGUAAAGAUCACUUAAAAUAUAUCGUAGUACCAGUCUCUAUAGCAGUGGUGGUUACUUCCCUUGCCAUUAUUGUAUCAGCACUGGUUGUUCUCUACUUCCUCUGCCGACAGAAAAGGUCACCAAGUGUCCAAGUCUCAGGGCCACCAUCAAAUGUGCAAGAAUCGGAUGGUCUACCCACUGGAUCAUCUGAACUGACUGUAACGACCAGAAUUGCGAGGUUUACGUACUCACAAGUCACAACCAUGACUAAUAACUUCCAAACAGUCAUCGGGGAAGGAGGGUUUGGAAGCGUUUAUCUUGGAUUUGUCAACGGUGCAGAACAAGUAGCUGUUAAGGUCCUCUCUCAAUCAUCAUCACAAGGAGAUAGUCAGUUCAGAGCCGAGGUACAGCUACUGCUCAAGGUUCAUCACAAGAACUUGGUUGGAUUUGUUGGGUGUUGCCAUGAGGGAGAGAA